GUCUGACAUGAAUAUUCUCUCAACAUCUGAGAGACUGCCGUUGUAAGAAAUAACUGCUCAGAAAAGGACCGUUUUAAAAAUAUAAAAUAACGACAGCAUGGGGACUGUGAAGUGGAUUGUGGUCUUUGCCUUGCUGAGUAUUGCCUGUCAGAGUGCUGCUCUUUCAGGUUUGCAUGUGUCCGUGUUCUCUGUUACAUCCAAGAGCAUGGCAGUCCAGUGGACCAAAUACUCCUCAGCCACAUCCUACAAGAUUACAGUCACACCUAAAAACUCACCCUCUCACCCUGCCUUUGCCCAGUUUGGCCCCAAUUCUGUGAUGGGCUCUGUAAACUCUCUGUCCCCCAACACGUUGUACACCGUUAAGGUGGAGGCGAUGGAUGCCUCUCUGAAUGUGCUGAGCCAAGCUCAGGUUGAGAAGAUCACGGCUCCUGAGGUACCCAGCGUCGUCAUGGCAACUUCAAAGCAGAGCGACAGGAUAUCAGUGGAGUUCACGUCGGCGCCCGGCGCCACAUCCUACGUCCUGCGCGCCGAGACCGCGGACGGCUCCUUCUUCUCCGAGACCGACGCGUCUUCUUCCCCCGGCACGGUGACCAACCUCAAGCCCUACACCGACUACAUUCUCAGCGUCCUGUCCGUCAACAGCGGAGGUCGGAGUCAGCCGUCCCUCCCCGCGGAAGCAAAGACAGUGGUUGCUGCCCCUCAUCUGAUCACCAGCUCUCCCAGUAACUCCAGCAUCGUCGUGGUAUGGCAGCCAGUAGCCAACGCCGUCCGCUACACUCUCUCUCUCAUCAUGGAGGGUUCCAACAUCACAGACGUCAACAUCACGAGUCCCAACGUCACCUUCUCGGACCUGGAGGCUGGGAGUGUGUACGCCAUCAAGGCCAACGCCUGGGACUCCAUGAAUAGGCAGGGAGACGAUGCCCACGGCUCCCAGAUCACACGGCCUCCCACUCCUAGCAUCGUUCAGAUGAACGUGUCGAGGAACGAAUACUCAGCGGGUCUGUCCGUGUCCUGGCAUCUCGUCCAGGGGGCGUCCGACUACCUGGUCCUCAGCUCGGAGGGGAUCAACUGUACCUCCGCCGUGGGCACCUGCACCCUCGCCCCCCUGGCGUGUGGCCAGGAACACACUCUCACCGUCACCGCCAGGAACCUGGCUGGUCCCAGCCCUCCCUCCGCGGCUCAGGAGUUCACCUCCUUCCCCUGUCCACCAGAGCCUGUGUGGGUGGAGGAGACACAGGCCGGGAACUGCUCCGUCACGUGGGGCCCCAUGCCCUACGCUGACAAGUACGUGGCCUUCAUCAAGAGAGACGACGGGAUCGAGGAGAGGUGCAACACCACCAACACCACCUGCGACUUCCACUGCCAGUGUGGCUACACCUUCCUGAUGACGGUGUUCGCUUACAACCUGGCAGGAGGCAGCCCACCAGGCACCGUACUCAACUACACCACCCUGCCCUGCUGUCCGGAGGACGUGCGCAUCUCUCUGGUCUCCACGGACACCCUCGAGAUCGAGUGGUCGGCGGCGCGCGGCGCCGAGGUGUACGAGACGCGGGCGGUCGAGGGCUCGAACGUCAUCCUGUGCAACGACACGUCCCCCGUGUGUGCGCUCUCUGACCUCACCUGCGACAGGCCUUACAGCGUCAUGGUCAUCCCCUGCAGCGAGGGGAGAGGUUGCAACUGGGCCUGCGGUACCCACACUAAGGAGACAGCCCCCUGUAUGUCAGACAUCCUGGGGAUCUCACAGGUCACCAACAGCAGUGUCUCUGUCAACUUCACCACACCCAACCGUGCAGCCAACUACACCGUGACUGCAGCGGGGGCCCCCGACACCCACACCUGCCAAUCCAGCGGCACGCCCUGUGUCAUAACCAACCUGCCGUGUGGCUCUGCCUACGACGUCAGCGUCCUAGCAACCACCGCCGUGGGACAGAGCGUCCCUAGCUACGUCGUUACCCUAGAAACAGCGCCGUGUUGCCAGACCCUCAACGUGCACCAGGUGACACAAGCCAUGACAAACGUCACCUGGUCACCAGCCAGGGGAGCCCAGUCCUUCGUUACCGCUCUGACGUCAUCGAAAGGCCACGCCCGCUGUCACACCCAGGACUCGCACUGCCUGAUGGGAUGCAUCACCUGUGGUACCAACUACACCGUCAGCAUGGAGGCCUACAGCCGCACCGGGCACAAGUCUGAGUGCACCUAUCGCGGCUUUUCAUCCAGUGAGCCCUGCUGUCCUUCGGGCGUGAAGCUGUACCAGAUGAGCAACAACACGCUGCGAGUGUACUGGCGUUCCGCGGGCGCCCUCCACAACACCACGGCGGACGUGUACGGCAGUCAGACCAACUACACCUGCAGUCCGGUUGCCGGGGGCAACUCGUGUGACGUUUCCGACAUCUUGUGUGGGGACGUCUACACCGUGGUGGUGGCCCCGCUCACGACGGACGGGACCAUGGUCCCGUUCUGUCCCCAGAGGAUGUACUCAGUUUCCUGUUCAGGAGGCAAUGUUGGAAUGGUCAUGUAUCGCGGAAAAAGAAGUUUGGACUAGUGCACAUUUCCAGUCCUGUACUUUAGGUCUUAGCAGAAGAUAGAAGCUGAUCACAUCCUCCUCAUCUCUAUCCCAUGUCCCUACCCCUACAUCUCUGGAAGAAAGAAGAUAUUUCAACAUAUACGUGGGUUUGAACAACUAAAGUCCUACACUGUUGUUCGACACUAAAACUAGAAAAUAGUGUGCAUGUUGAUAGAGCCAAAUAUUUUUUUUAAAUCAAAAGCUACUAUGGUGUUUUUGGACCAUUGUUAUUAUUUAUAGAACAAUUGAAACAGGCUAUUUUCAAAUACUUUAACGUGAUUUUUUAGUUUUGGUGUUCCAGUCCUCAGUGCAUGUUUGUUGCCCAAAAAUAUCGGUAUGUGUGCCCCAGCUAAACGUAUUUAUUGGUAAUAUAAUAGUUACAAAUGCCCUAGCUCAAAUCUCAGGCAUUUACAAUGAAAGGUGAUCUUACCAUGGAAUCUUAUAAGCACAAUUAUUCUGCCAACAAUGUUUGUGUUAUCUUGAACACAUUAUUAAGUCAAACGGCUUAAGAGGCUGCAUUGUAAAUUGUCAACUUCAGCCUAAUCUCAGGGCCCCAAGAUAUAACAAUGCAUAGAUACACUAUUUUGGUACAUUAUUAUGUCAACUGUCAACAUAUCCCCAUUGCUGUUAUUUUUGUUCCGUCUACCAGUUGACAAACUAUGAAGAAAAAAACCUAUAAAAAAUAUUGGAUGAAUAAAGAAAGGUGCUAUAAAGUAAGUAAGUAAGUAAGUAAGACUAUAUUUAUAUAGCACAUUUCAUACAAUAAUUGCAGCUCAAGGUGCUUUACAUAAAUCAAUAAAAACAAUAAUACAAGUGAUAAACAAUUCAAACAAAAAUAAAAAUCCCAAUAAGAUCUCUGUUCAAGAGAGAAACCAACUUUAAACAUGCAUCUUAAAGUAACAAUAAUAUAAUUAAUAAAAGUAGGAAAACGAUUGUCUGUGUCUAAUACAAGACAAGAAGACUGUGUGCGCCAACUUUUAACUUUAAUUUGAUGUCAUGAAAAUCCUGGUGUUGUGAUGUUAGCCCCCUAAGCUUUCCAGAAUAAAAAAUGCAGUUCCUGAAACAUCUGGCCCGCUGUUACUUAAGAAUUUGACAUUUUUC